AUGAAGUCUACCUUCGUGUCCUCGAUCAUGCUGUUUGCCGGCCAAGCCGCGGCUCAUAUGGCAAUCACCUACCCGCCGCCUCUGCGGUCCAAGCAGAACCCCUUCGCCGCCCAGGACAUUGACUACAGCAUCACCAGCCCUCUGAGUGCCUCUGGCAGCGACUUUCCUUGCAAGGGCACCUUGAACCUUCUCGGAACCGCUGCAGCCUCUCCCGUUGCUACCUGGCAGGCCGGCCAGCAGUACAACAUGACCAUCGCCGGCGGUGCCAACCACAACGGCGGUAGUUGCCAGGCUUCUCUCUCCUUCGACAGCGGUAAGACCUUCACCGUCAUCCAUAGCUACAUCGGCAACUGUCCUGUCGCGGGCACUUCGUCUCUCACCUUCACCUUGCCCGCCGAUACCCCCUCUGCCAAGGACGCCCUCUUCGCCUGGACUUGGUUCAACAACGUCGGUAACCGAGAGUUCUACAUGAACUGCGCCGUCAUCACCACCACCGGCGGAGGCGGCAGCGCUUCCACCCCCUUCAGCAGCCGUCCCCAGAUUUUCAAGGCCAACAUCGCCAACGGCUGCAGCACUGUCGAGGGAUCUGACGUUCUGUUCCCCAAUCCCGGUCCUCCUGGAGACGUCACCAGCGCCGGCACCAAGACCGCGGCCCCCGUCGGCACCUGCGACGUCGCUGUUGGUGGUGGCAGCUCUGGAGGUGGUGGCAGCAGCUCUGCCAGCGUUGUUGCUCCUGCCCCGUCCGCUCCGGCCGCUUCCCAAGUCUCUCAGCCGGGCUCUCAGUCGACUACUCGUGCUGCUGGAGGUGUCUCUUCAUCUGCUGGACUCCCUGGCGGCGUCUUCCUCACCGUCCCGGCCUCUAGCAACUCUGCCCGACCGACUACACUCGCGACCGUCAGCGUUCCGGCUUCACCCAGCGAAGAGUGCACCGAAGGAUCUGCGGCACCCACCGCCAUGCCUGCUCCCACUACGGCAGUCGCUCCCUCGGCCGCCCCUUCUGCUGCUCCCUCGGCUGCCCCCUCUGCCGCUCCCUCCGCAGCUCCCUCGCCUGACGCCGGAUCUGGUGAUGCAGCUGACGGCUCCAUGACCCCGGGCAAGGCCUGCACCCCCGAGGGCCAGUGGAACUGCGUCUCCGGCACUCAUUUCCAGCGUUGUGCCUCUGGACAGUGGUCGGUGCUCAUGAGUAUGGCUCCUGGCACCAAAUGCCAGUCUGGCACAACCGAGGUCCUGGUCUGGCAGAAGAAGAGAGCCCACGGUCGCCGCUCCCUCCGCGCUAGACACCACAUCUAA